AUGGCCAGGNAACCCCCUGCACAUUGGCCCACCGAUACGGGUGCUAUUCAUGUUCAGGAUCUCUCCGUGCGCUAUGGCAAGCAGUUCCCUCUGGCUCUCCAAAAUGUGUCCUUCUCUAUCCAGCCCGGUGAGAAGGUCGGCAUUGUCGGCCGUACAGGCAGUGGCAAGUCUACCCUUUCCCUUGCCUUUUUCCGCUUCCUCGAGGCCGAGCGUGGAUCAAUUACCAUCGAUGGCAUUGACAUCUCCACCCUCUCCCUUUCCGCUCUCCGUCGCAAGCUUACCAUCAUCCCCCAGGACUCUCAGCUCUUCAAAGGCACAGUCCGCUCAAAUCUCGAUCCCUUCCAGCUUACAGAGGACGCCGACAUGUGGUUUGCACUCCAACGUUGUCAACUUACAUCGCCAGGACCGGAUCCUCAUACACCUGGCGAGGGCAGCAUUAUCAGGUCGCUCGACGACCCCGUGGACCAAGGCGGUGCAAACUUCAGCGCCGGUCAGCGACAGCUCUUGUCUCUUGCACGCGGUUUACUCAAGAUGCGGGACAGCAAGGUUCUUAUACUCGAUGAAAGCACAGCAAAUCUUGACUCGGAGUCAGAUGCACUGAUUCAGCGCACUAUUCGCGAGCAAAUGGCUCCGGGUGCCACAAUUCUGACCGUGGCUCAUCGCCUCAAGACAAUUAUCGACUAUGACAAGGUUCUCGUUCUCGGACAGGGUAAAGUAGUCGAGUNAUGA